GACUCCGGAGGGAACCUUCUCCUCGCGCAGUGGCAGUUUUGAAUUUUUAUUAUUUUCGCAAAUUCUCUCAUCUCGAGAGCGGUGUUGGCUGGAAGAUCAAAACAAACACAAGCAUUUUAUGAUCGCAUAAAACAAGCUCCUAAACAGAAUCGAGCAAAAAAAACCACACGCGAUUAAAAAACACAAGAAAAUAAUAACAAUCGGUCGUUGUUUUUAAAAAUUUGUGGAAUUGUUUUUCGCUCGGUCGGACCUAGCUAUACAAGAUUCGCCGGGCGUUCGGCAAGUGUUGAUCCCGCGUGAUUGGUGGACUUGUAUCUAUUGUGCGGUGCUGCAACCUAGUCCCACCACCCUGCUGCGUGCCAUCGCAUCGUUUUGUUUUGUAGGACCGAAGCGGCAGGGUAGUAAUUAUUUUUUGUGGAACAGACUGCUUCCGUUGUGGUUCUGUCCGGUCAUCCGGUGGUCAUAUGCGCCGCGCGCGAUAUUCAAAUUGUUUGUGAAGCCCUCCUACAGCCGCCGCCGAUUGGAGCAGCAUAUGAAUCGUGCAAAGUUAAAUUGAAUUACGCGUGAGAGCGUGUGGGCGGGAGUGCUGCGUGUGUGUGCUUGUAUUGGUGUGGUGUUUGCAAAUAAUUUAGAUUUUUAAUUAAUAUUUUUUGUGGGUAAACAGUUUGAGCAAGAAAAAUAAGCACUGCAGGGGACUAAUCUGUUUGGAACCAUACGGUGGAGAUUUAACGUGCGGAAGAGAUAAAGGCGUGCAUACCUGCAUUAUGAUGGAGUUUGUUCCAAAUAAAGACGACACUAAAAUGGUCUCCAAAGUAAUUAGUUUUGAUGAGGUUGUUAAAACAUCAAUUGAAACAUUCCGGAACACAUUCGGCUCGGAGCCGGACAUUGCCGCCUGUGCACCGGGCCGUGUCAACCUGAUCGGCGAGCAUGUGGACUACAACGAUGGUUUCGUCCUGCCAAUGGCCCUACCGAUGGUCACGGUGAUUGUUGGCAAGAAAAACUACACCGCUUCAACUUGCGAUGUCCUUACCUGCUUCGAAGGAAUACGGGAGGAGAAACGUGCCCAGUUUGAAAGCACCAGUAUUGCCAAAGGCGCUCCAAAAUGGCUCAACUACGUCAAAGGUGUGAUGUUCCACUUCGGCCAAACGGUGCCCGGCUUCAACGCAGUCAUUCAUUCCAACGUGCCCGUCGGUGGAGGCCUCUCGAGCAGUGCCGCCUUGGAAGUGGCCACCAUCACCUUCCUGCAGCAAUUGACGGCUCGCAAAAUCGAAAAGGACAGCGAUAAGGCCCUGAUUUGCCAGAAAGCGGAGCACACGUUCGCAAACAUGCCCUGCGGUAUCAUGGACCAGCUUAUCUCGGUGUGUGGACAAAAGAACCGAGCGCUGUUGAUUGACUGUCGAUAUCUCAUUACAGAGCUGAUUCCAUUCGAAACUGCUGGGCUAGCAGUGCUCAUCUGCAACUCCAACGUUAAGCAUGAGCUAUCCUCCAGCGAAUACCCUGUCCGACGUAAGCAAUGCCAACAAGCGCUGGAACUGAUGGGACUCAAAAGCUAUCGAGAUGCCACCGAGAAGAACCUUGAUGCACUGAAGGGUGCUGCCGACGAGGUGCUGCUGAGAAGGGCCCGCCAUGUCAUCACCGAGAUCAAGCGGACGAUUGCCGCGGCUGAGGCACUGCGAGCGAACGAUUUCGAGCGGAUGGGAAAACUAAUGAACGAAUCGCACAAAUCUUUACGGGACGAUUUCAACGUUUCCUGCCACGAGCUGGACAUCCUGGUUGAAGCUACAAUGGGUGCACCGGGGGUGCUCGGAACGCGGAUGACCGGCGGUGGGUUCGGGGGUUGCACCGUGACGUUGCUGAGCAAGAGCGCCGUCGAGGAUGCCGUGAAGGAGAUCGACACCAUCUACUCGCGCAAAGUGGGCGGCAAGUAUCGGGCCCGGUUCUACCUGGCCGAACCGUCCGAGGGGGCCCGGUUGAUCAAUUUGGAUCACUGCUGGCGAUGAAUGGGAGGGGAAUGGGAUUAGGUGGGGUAUAAAGUGUCAAAUGGUUAAUUGCAUUCGGUAGGAUAGAUCAUAUUGUUAUUAAAUAAUUUGUGCUCCUGAUGUCUUAGGA